AUGUUCUCACGGUCAAGCCUCGCCGCCCUGGGCCUUGCUGCCAUGGGCUCCCUCGUCUCGGCCGGGCCCUGCGACAUCUACUCGUCCGGCGGCACGCCCUGCGUCGCUGCUCACAGCACGACUCGCGCCCUGUACAGCUCCUAUUCAGGCUCGCUCUACCAGGUGCGCCGCGGAUCCGACAGCGCCACGACCAACAUUACGCCGCUGUCCGCCGGCGGCGUUGCCAAUGCCGCCGCCCAGGAUUCCUUCUGCGCCGGCACGACCUGCCUGAUCACCAUCAUCUACGACCAGUCCGGCCGUGGGAACCAUCUUACCCAGGCUCCGCCCGGCGGUUUCAAAGGCCCGGAGGCGAACGGCUAUGACAACCUGGCCAGCGCCAUUGGCGCCCCGGUCACGCUGAACGGCCAGAAGGCGUACGGCGUCUUCAUCUCGCCUGGCACGGGCUACCGCAACAACGCUGUGAGCGGCACUGCUACAGGUGAUGCGCCGGAGGGCAUGUACGCUGUCCUCGACGGAACCCACUACAACAAUGGCUGCUGCUUCGACUACGGAAACGCAGAGACGAGCAGCACCGACACCGGUAACGGCCAUAUGGAUGCCAUCUACUACGGUACCUGCACCAUCUGGGGCACCGGAGCCGGCAGCGGCCCCUGGCUCAUGGCCGAUCUCGAGAACGGCCUCUUCUCCGGCAAGAGCGCUGGCCAGAACACAGCUGACCCGACCAUCACCAACCGCUUCUUCACCGCGGUCGUCAAGGGCCAGCCGGCCAACUGGGCGCUCCGUGGAGGCAACGCCGCAUCCGGCUCGCUGUCGACGUACUACAACGGCGCGCGCCCGUCUGGGUACAACCCGAUGAAGAAGGAGGGGGCCAUCAUCCUCGGUAUUGGAGGCGACAACAGCAUCAGCGCGCAGGGCACCUUCUACGAGGGCGUCAUGACGUCCGGCUUCCCGUCCGACGCCAUCGAGAACUCGGUGCAGGCCAACAUCGUCGCGGCCAAGUACGCCACGACGUCGCUCAACAGCGGCACGGGCUUCACCGUCGGCAACUCCAUCUCCCUGCAGGCCACCACCGCGGGCUACACGGACCGGUACAUUGCGCACACGGGGUCCGCCGUCAACACGCAGGUCGUCAGCUCGUCGAGCGCCGCCGCCCUCAAGCAGCAGGCGAGCUGGACGGUGCGGGCCGGGCUGGGCAACAGCGCGUGCUACUCGUUCGAGUCGAGGGACACGGCGGGCAGCUACCUGCGGCACUACAACUUCGAGCUGCAGGUCGGCGCCAGCGACGGCAGCAAGCAGUUCAAGGAGGACGCCACCUUCUGCACGCAGGCCGGCCUCAGCGGCAAGGGCAGCUCCAUCCGCGCCUGGGGGUACCCCACCCGCUACAUCCGCCACUACAACAACCAGGGCUACGCCGCGAGCAACGGCGGCGUCCACACGUUCGACGCCGCCUCGUCGUUCAACAACGAUGUGAGCUUUGUGGUCGCUACUGGCUUUGCGUGA